AUGGCGCCCGCAAAGAUGUCACUGCAGGCCGAUGAGGAAUUGGGCAAGAAAGAUGACGACCAUCGACUCCCUGAAUCGGGGCGCUUUCGGCCCAUUAAAAGCUCAGCCAUCCCUCGACCUCGGCGCAUAGUGAUUAUAAUCAUCGUGUGCGUCAUUGUGUAUCAGUUUUUCAAGCACAUGCCGACCGAUCUGACCCCGGCGGCCGAGCGAUACAAUCCGACGACGACGAAAUCCAGACCUCCGAGACCUGCAUCGCCUGGAGGGUCAUUUCAGUCCCCGGCAGUUCCAAUAAAUGAGAAAGGGAAGCUCUUUGAUGGCAAAAUACUCGAAACCCACGAUAAUGAGGAGCCGUAUGGCGACAAGAUCAAGUUCUACAAUCUGGCCCAGUCUCUUCCCAGCCAGAAAUAUCCCAAGGGCCAAGCCAGCAAUGCUGUGCUAUUCGCGGGGUCGAGCCUUCACAGUAUCUCGGAUUUAUUGCCUUUGGCUUGUGAAAUGGCAAGGACGAAGCUGAAUGGAGUUCAUUUAGUCUUGCUGGGUAGGGAUGAGGUAUCCAUUGAAGGUAUCAAACAAGUGAACGGAAUCAGCGACUCAGAAUGUCCUAUGACAUGGCAUGAUGGUCGGCCGGACUCUGCAGCUCAGUCUACCGACGCUCGUAUGGAAUGGGCGGUAGUUGAUGGUCUUCAUUUCAUCUGGGAUUUCAUUGCCCCAGAAGUCAUAAUUACCCAGAGACAAGGCUGGGAAGAUUCAUUCUUCUGGAAUGGAUUAGAAGUUCAAAAAGCCGAAAGUGGUACUCCUCAUAUCAUACUUCCAGCUCCUUCCAGAGAUUUGAUGUGGGUGGCAUCUCUUCGAAGCCACGCUCUGCAAGCUUGGAAUGAUAUCCAGGUUGACAUGGUUGUUCAUGCCUCCCAGUCAUCGGGAGCUCUCGUUAGGCUCGUCCGCUCAUUAGAUGCGGCUGAUUAUCUGGGAAGCUUACCUAGACUAACCAUCGAACUCCCUCCACUGGUUGAAUCUCAGUUACUAGAGAGCCUGCAAUCUCUCAAGCUAUCGCAAUUUCAGGGACAGAUCACCCUCCGCCGGCGUGUUGAACCUCGCUACAUGGACCCUGCUGAUUCCUCCUUGCGAACGGUGGAAAGCUUUUAUCCAUUAAAUCCAAGCACCACACAUCUCCUUCUUCUCUCUCCCCAAACAGAACUAGCCCCUUCAUUCUAUCAUUACCUGAAAUACAGUGUCUUGCGCUACAAUCAGCCAUUUCGGGAUCGCUCAGCAUCCUCGAACCUCCUAGGAAUUUCGCUUGAAUUGCCUAGAUCCAAGCCAUCGCCCGACAAUGCUCCGUUUACACCACCGCCACCACCACCCUUCAAUGACGGGAAAUAUCAAAAGAAAGAGCAUAUCCCAUCGCUACUAUGGCAAGCGCCAAACAGCAAUGCAGCCUUGUACUUUGGUGAUAAAUGGGUCGAGUUUCACUCAUUCCUCUCAAGUCGCCUUGAUUCGGAAGGCAGGGCCAAUGCGGCCUCAAAGCACAAGUUGGUCUCUAAAAAAUAUCCAGCAUUCAUGGAAUAUCUACUGGAGAUGAUGCAAGACAAGGGAUAUUACAUGAUCUAUCCUUCAUUUUCAAGUGGUACCACCUCCCCCUUGGCAACCGUGCACACUGAGUUGAACCGACUCCCCGAAGAGUUCACAGAAUCUAUUAACUCUGCCCAACUUGGAGAGGGGUCUCAUGAGAAGGCUGGUGGUAAUAAUCCAGACCCAGAAGUGGCUGAAUUCGAUCAAUUGGAAGCAUCGUCCGAUGAAAAGCCAGUGAGCCGAGAAACUAGCAUCACCUCCCUGCUUGGUACCUUCGAGUUGGGUCUUCCUGAUGUCGACACGCUACCUUUCUUAUCAUAUGAUGGAUCAGUCUUGGCUGCUGAGGAACAUAUCACUAAAGCAAGAACCUUCAUUGGUCGGUCCUGA